GCGUCUGGCGCUUGAGCCACGGAGGGGAGUCUUUUCGCCGCUUUCCUCCCUGCGGACAGCUGCCUCCUGCGGCCCCGGGGUCUUUCCUGAGAUGGGGUGUCCCCCGUCCCGUCCGACCUGACUCGUUCCGCCUGUCUCCUGCCCGCCCCCAACAGCCCUCGGCGCGACGCAGCAUCGCGUGGCCUCCCGUCCUGUCCCCGCGGGCUGGGAUCGCGCUCCCUCUGCCCCUCCCUCCCCCCUCCCUCCCGCGGCGCAGCUAAAGGGGGCUCCGGGGUCCCAGCGGGCCUGGUCUAUUCCGGGCACGGCCAGGCGCUCGUGCCAGCCAGGCUCGUCUCUCUGGGAUCCGCAGCGGCUUCGGGAUGCGGGCGGCGGCGGGGAGGUUCGUGCCCGUGGCCCUGGUCCUGGCGGCCGCCUGUCUGCGGGGCGCCCUGCUGCAGACCCCGGGGGCAGCUGAGCCGCGGCGACCCCUCUUCGAGAAGCUCCGGCGCCUGGAAGCCCAGUUCCGAGGGUUCCAGGAGGUCACCCUGAUGCGCCUUCAGGAGAUGGCAGAGAACUACAACCUGUCUCACAGUCUGCACACCAAGAUGGAGCAGCUGCUGCAGAAGCAGGAGAGCCUGGAGCUGGUGGCCAACGGGUCCCGGGCCGCCAGCCAGGAGGAGCUGCAUCGCUUACAGGCUUGGGUAGAGAAGCUGGGAAGGAGUGGCAAGAAGCAAGCGCUGAGGAUCCGAGCCCUGGAAGAGGCCUGGCAGGAGACGCUGCAACAGCAGCCGAGGCGGCAGCAGGAGAGCCGCCUGUCCAACCUCACCCAGGAGUUCAAGAGCCACCGGCAGGACUUCCAGCACGUGGCUGUCCAGCAGCGGAGUCUGCAGAAGGCCCUGGAGAGCCUGCAGGAUGCCCUCCGGAGCCAGGAAAGCAAGCUGGGCAACAUCAAGCGAAGGCUGAAGAGUCUUAAGCAGAAGGAGGCGCUGUCCACUCCUUGGACUGCAGCCCGUCGCCUCGGUACAGAGAAAGCACCAGAGGCGGCUGGAGGGCAGAGCCCCACCUUGAAGAAGCUGGGUGCCAGGCAUCGCCAGCAGGGGGGCGACCUGGAGGCCCUGGCCAAGAGCCAAGUGGCACUGCAGAGGAGCUCCCUUCUGAGCCAGGAGGCUUCCCCGCUUCAGGUGGAUCUGGGUCCGGCCUCUUCACCUGAGCAGCAGAUCCUGGAACAACUGCCCCAUGGCCCAGCCAAAGCCCCUGCAGAGGAGAAGCCUCCAGGAAGGCCUCGGAAACCAGGAACAAGGUGCAACGUGGAUGCCAUGCUGGUCUUCCCCAACGCUUCCAUCGAGAACUUCGUAGCCUUCCAGCCCGGCCUACAGACCAGCUUGCUGGAACUGAGCCUCUGCAGCUGGGUGAGGACCAGCGCCCGUUACCUGGGCACCAUCCUGUCGUAUGCCACAGAGGAGAACGACAACAAGCUGGUGCUCCAUGGCAGGGACGCUGCCCCCCGAAACUCCAUCCAUUUUGUGAUUGGCGACCCCGCUUUCCGGGAACUGCCAGUGGGGGCCGUCUUGGACGGCAGGUGGCACCACAUCUGCGUCAUCUGGUCCUCCCUCCAGGGGCGCUACUGGUUCUACCUGGACCGUCGGCUGGCCUCCCUGGGCUCCAACUUCCAGAAGGGCUAUGAGAUUCCGCCCCAAGGGUCGCUGCUCCUUGGCCAGGAGCAAGACACGCUUGGUGGAGGGUUCGAAUCCUCUGAAUCAUUUGUGGGGUUCCUGGCGGGCUUUGCCAUGUGGGGCCGAGUGCUGCUGCCUGGGGAGGUCUCUAGCAUUGCCCUCGGAGAAGACUUGCCCCCUGGGACGGUGCUCACCUUGGCCAACGUCUCCAUGCUCAGCGGUUCUGUGCAGAAGGUAGACUGCCCCUGCCUUGAGCACUGCCUGUGAACUCCCCCCCCCCGGGAGCCUCGGAGGCUGCCCACCAUCCCUGCCCUCACCGCAGAAUGAGCUCAGUUGGAUUUUCUCCAGAGAAGGGACCCUGCCAAAGGGAACGGGCAGUGGUGGGAUUCAAAUAUGUGAACAACCGGUUCUCUGUGUGGAAGCUGCUUCCGGAAGUCCAUUCUGGGCCUGGGCAACAAAAAAUUAGCUACCAGUUCUGCCAAAGUGGUGCGAACUGUCUGAAUCCCACCACUGGGCCGGAGUCAACCUGAAGGCAGCAGCUGAGACCCCAAAGUUGCUCUAGGCCUCCCUUAGAAGAAGCCAUUCAAGCCCCAAAGCAGGACUGGCGCAUCUGUACAGUAUUUCCUAGGAUGGUCUUCGUCCCACCUGUUUCGGUUGGGGGAGCUUCCCCUGCUCUCCCUCACCUCAGCCCCUUUGACUCCGGACUCCAAGACUGACUGGCCACCAGUAGUUCAUACCACCCAAGUGAGGGACGGGUGGUGGGCCUGGGGCAGGAUAGCUGGCACUCUGGCUCAAGUCACCCAGCCAGUCUCCCCUGCUCAAACAGCAGCAUCAGGCGCCAGGUUACACCAACUGCACAACUGCAGAAAUAAGGAAAAAUAGGCUCACGCAUUGCCGAUUUCCAGGAUAUUUGUGCAAGGGACGGGAACUGUUCAUCACUCAUCUGUCUGGUGUUCCAAUUUCUUCCUUCUGGCCUGGAGGCGGGGGUAGGAGAUUGGACAAAAAACUUUCCUCGUCUGCAAUUUUCAUAAUUUUUUUUAUAAAAAAAAGAUGGUGGGCAUUGUUGAUAAAGUACACUAGUUUCUCCCAAGAUGAGGAUUUCUUCUUACAUUUCUGGCACCAAUUGUGAUUCCCUGCGUUGCUUAGCUUGUGUACUAGAGAGAACCAAUUAAUUUCAUGGUUGAAAACUAGGGUUUUGACUUGGAGCAAUAAAUAUUUAUUCAAGA